AUGGCUGCAGCAAAAUUGGUUGCUUGCCUGGCUGGCAUUGCCGCCGUGGCUUCGGGGCAGGAACUCAUCAAGGACGACACCUUCUUCUACGGACAGUCGCCGCCCGUCUACCCUUCCCCCAAUGCAACUGGCACCGGGGACUGGGCCGAGGCCAUCGGUAAGGCCAAGGCCCUGGUCGGCCAGAUGACCCUCGAGGAGAAGGUCCUCCUGACCGGCGGCGUCACCUCCACCACUGGCUGUGCUGGUUGGAUCUCCAACAUCACCCGUCUUGGAUUCCCGGGCAUGUGUCUCCAGGACGCAGGAAACGGCCUGAGGUCUACCGACUUUGUCACCUCUUGGUCUUCGGGCAUCUCUGUGGGCGCCACUUGGAACCGCGAGCUGGCUCACGAGAGGGCAGCGGGCAUGGGCUCCGAGUACCGCACAAAGGGCGUCAAUAUCCUCCUCGGGCCGGUUGUUGGACCCCUCGGCCGAAUCGCCAACAGUGGCCGCAACUGGGAAGGCUUCUCCAACGACCCUUAUCUCUGCGGCCAGCUUGCCGCUGAGACUGUCAAGGGUAUCCAGUCGCAGGGAGUUGCUGCAAGCACAAAGCAUUUUAUUGCUAACGAGCAAGAGGACUACCGAGCUGACUUUGAUGGAAAUCCUAGCAACCCAUCUACCGCAACCAUCGCCGUUGGCAAUGAGGAGCAAGCGCAGACAAGUUCUGUCAACAUUUCGGCCUUGUCGAGCAACAUCGACGACAAGACCAUGCAUGAGCUUUACCUCUGGCCGUUUGUUGAUACCGUCAAGGCCGGUACUGGCAACAUCAUGUGCUCCUACCAGCGCAUCAACAACUCGUACGGUUGCCAGAACAGCGCUGCUCAGAACGGACUGCUCAAGACGGAGCUUGGCUUCCAGGGCUUUGUCGUGUCGGACUGGCGCGCUCAGCACGCCGGUGUCGCAAGUGCACUCGCAGGCAUGGAUCUGGUGAUGCCCAGCGGUAUUCCCUAUUGGGACGCGAACCUGGUCGAGGCCGUGAACAACGGUUCCGUGCCCAUGGUCAGGCUUGACGACAUGGUCACCAGGAUUCUUAGCAACUGGUACAAAUUCGACCAGGACAAGGACUUCGUGCCAGGCGCCGGCAUGUUUAGCGACAUGACCAAGCCUCACAAGAAGGUGAUCGGACGGAACCCAGCCUACAGGGAGGCCGUUUACCAGUCGGCCGUCCAGAGCCACGUCCUCGUCAAGAACGCCAGGAACAGCCUCCCGCUCAAGGAGCCCAAGCUCAUUUCUCUGUUUGGCUACGCCUCCAAGGCGCCCGACCAGCUGAACAUUGGCAGCCCGGGCUUCAACCUCGGUUCCCAGUCGGUCAACUGCGCCGACCGCUUCUUCGGCUGCAACGGCACCAAGUCCCAGAUUGGACCCCUCGGGAUGCUCUACAGCGGCGGCGGAUCCGGAGGAAACAUGCCCGCGUACGGCGGCUCGCCCUUUGAGGCACUCAGCUACCGCGCACGCAAGGACGGGACUCACCUGCUCUGGGACUUUUCAAGCUUCAACCCCUUGAUCAACUCAAACUCGGACGCUUGCAUCGUCAACGGCAACGCCUGGGCCACCGAAGGAUGGGAUCGGCCCGGCCUCCGUGACGACUUUACGGAUGGCCUGAUCCUCAACGUGGCAGCCAACUGCUCCAACACCAUCGUGGUGCUGCAAAACGCCGGCGUUCGCCUGGUCGACCAGUUCGCCGACCACCCCAACGUCACGGCCAUCAUCUUUGCCCACCUGCCCGGCGAGGACGCAGGGUACGCGCUGACGGACCUGCUGUACGGUGAGGAGAACUUCAGCGGCAAGAUGCCGUACUCGGUCCCGCACAACGAGACCGACUACCGCGGGCUGCAGAACCAGUCGCUCGCCGACGGCAUCUACGAGCGCUUCCCCCAGAGCGACUUCACCGAGGGCGUCUUCAUCGACUACCGCGCCUUUGACAAGGAGGGCAUCGAGCCGCGCUACGAGUUCGGCUUCGGCCUCAGCUACACCAACUUUUCCUACUCGGACCUGCAGGCCUCCUGGACCGCCCCGGAGCUGUCGGCCGCCGAGUACCCGACGGGCCCGAUCCAGGAGGGCGGCCACGUCGACCUCUUUGACGUCGUGGCCCGCGUCACGGCAAAGGUGGCCAACACGGGCGACGUGGCCGGCGCCGAGGCCGCGCAGCUCUACGUCGGCAUCCCCGAGGACGGCGCGCCCGUCAGGCAGCUGCGCGGCUUCGCCAAGCCGUCGCUCCAGCCCGGCGAGCAGGCCACGGUCCAGUUCGAGCUGACCAGGAGGGACCUGAGCGGCUGGGACGUCGCCGCCCAGGCCUGGAGGCUGCACUCGGGCGAGUACAAGCUUUGGGUCGGCGCCAGCAGCAGGAACUUGCCGCUGCAGUCGAGCCUGCAGCUCACGAGGUAG